UCAUUGAUUCUUCUUGCUGUAUUAUGACGAUUUGAUAAUUCCAAGGUUUUGAGUCAAUUUUCUCCUAUGUCGACAUCGUUUUAGCUGGGUCCCCCACACCCCUCCCUCACUGAAACUCCUUAGUGGGCCCUAAGACUCUGACGCACACACAGACACAGACACAGUCGUCGGGUCGGGUUGAUGCCCAUCCCUUUCCUCCCCACUCCUUUCACGACCAGACAACUCUCCCCUCUCUCCUAAAGAUCUGGUUUUUAUUUACAAGAUCUGGUUUUUAUUUACUUGCUCCCUCUCUCUGUCUCUCUCCAUAUUCCCAUCGCUUCAAAUCUGUCUCUUUCUUCUCGGUGAUAGCUUCUUUACUCUUGGUUGAUAGGAAUUUCAUAGUAGUAUUUGUUAAUACUGUAUUCCGCCUCUGACCUUUAUCUGGGCCUUAUUUUUUUAACAUCACUUGCCUUCACUUCACCUCUCUCAGUGAAAAGCUGAGACCUUGCAAACUCUCUCUCUCUCUCUCUAGCUCAGGAAUGGAUCUUUUUGCUUGAAUUUUUAGUUGCUGCAUAGAGACAUAUGGCUGACCUAAAUGAGGAGACGAUGCGUGCAAAUGCGUCUCCGGAAGCAUUGAAGAGGCUGUUUUCACUGUCAAGACUGUCGAGCGAACAAGGGUUUGAAUCAGCGGGUAGUGAGAGUAGACACGGGUCGACUCUGGCCUUCGAGGGUAGCUCGAAAUACCAUGAGGCUGAUCUGCAAUCAUCGUCCGUUGAAGUUGGUUCUACGCGGAUGAAUAGUGAGAUUAGCAUGGAGACGCAUUUAACUCCCAGGAAUUGGAGUCUUGAAAGGGGUAUGGCGAAGAAGAAACAGAGCUAUCGUGUGGCUGGUGGUGAGGAUGGGUUGAGCACGAAUACGGUGGUGCAAGAAUCCCAACACGGGACUGAAUCUUCGUGUUCGAACUCUUUACCUGUCGUGGUUCCUGUUUCCUUCUCCUACCAAAGCUAUCAGGAGACCUCGAAAGAUGCUUACUUGUUUAGGAAUUGUGGGAGCUCGAUGGAAAGUUCGAACUUUGAUCACAGCCCGGAAGAGCAGGUAACUGCCAGUUCUGAAUCGGGCGUAUCUGCUCAAAUGGCGAGUAAGGCUAGAAGAAACGCGAAUGCUAGGAAUAGUAGUGUGAAGAUUUUGUGGUUGGGAGGGAAUCAUUCUUCAUCGAUGAUCAAGCGAGAGAGCAGGGAUCUCGAGGCAGCAAGUCCGGAAGAAGGACAACUUCUGAAACAGAGUGACGACGUGAGAUGCGUCUCUGGAGAAAGAACGAUGAGGCAUGAAAUGUCUAGGGAAGGCAAAUCACUAGAGACGGGAUCUGAGGUAAUGGACAAAUACAAGGAGGAGCUUUGGGUGGACGAAUCUGCAGAUUCAUCGAUGGUGAAACGCUGUAAGAAAUCCGUGAAAGACGAGGAUAAGGCUAUUACUGGAUUUGAUCUCAACAAAGACUUAAACUCGAAUGCGCAGGACAACUGUGUUCAGCCGGCUUUGCCUUGUGUCUCGUCUCACGGUGUGGUACGCGUCGUAGCAAAAGCCGGAAUACCAAGUAGCAGACUGCCUAUGAUUCCUUUGGAAUUCGAAGGCGGCCUAGGCUGGAAGGGUACUUCCAAAACAAGCGCUUUUCGUUCCACAAAGAAUUCAGAUGGAAGAAGAUGCUCCACGAAUCACGGGACAAAAGACCUUGAGGGCUUCAAAGGCAUCGACCUCAACAUUGCUGUUGAAGAAGAUAUUCCUGCCUAUGGGACUCCAACGGAGCAAGCCAAGAGCCCUUGGAUCGAUCUCAAUUGCCUCUACGAGGCUGAUGAAGAGCUUCCUCAACCUAAAUUGGACAGAUCAUCGUUGGGAGACUUGAAGUUGGACACGGAGAGGUCCAGCAACAACCACUGGCUCGGUCAAUUCCAUGGAAACAAAAAAAACGUUGAGUUGUCGUCUGAUUUCAGUUUCAACAGGAACGUUUAUUCAUCUGAUUUUAGCAGUAUACAACAUAUGGAUAACACUGACCAUACCCUAAUGGCUUCACCGCAAUAUCUCCAGCGAAUGGAGCUCGUACCACGACAUAUCCUAUCAUCUGGCCCCAUGCCCUACGACAGAUAUUUCCAUGAACAUGGCAUUUUCCCGGGAGCAUACAACGCCCCUCAUACGGGCCAGUUUGUCCAUGAGCAGAGCACUAGUAGCAAGAUGGCCGCGUUUGCCCCAAAACUCGAGGCCAAGACCGAAGAGCUCUUGUCAGCAAAUGGGAGCAAGAGUGAGGGGCCUAGGUAUUUCCCCUUUCUCUCUAAUGAGCGUAUGACGCAUCAAGAAGCUUGGUAUGCGGCCUCUUUGAAAAGGAAGGAGCCUGAGGGAGGGCUCGAUUGCUUCCACCUCGGCUACAAACAGCUAACUUAGUUCCUUCUUACACGGGGAUCCAGCUAUCAAGACUUUGUGAUAUUCCACAAAUAUUUUGCCCUUUCACACUGCUUCUCAACUUGUGUAUAUGGAAUUAUCCUUUUUACCCGAGUAUAACUGUAGAAUACUACAUUGAGAUAUCUUCAAGAUUCUUAAUUUUUGCCUACCAAA